AAAUAUAAAAAAGAUAAAAAGAGAGAGCGCGUGCCUAGUUUCUAUUUUGUAAAAGAACAGAUAGAAGUAAACUGUAUUUUAAAAAAAGGAAGCAAACAGCUAAAAGCAUUUCCAUUAUUUUCCUACUUUAGUUUUCUGUCAAUACAAGUUUUGCCGGGGAAACUGAAAAAAAAUGGAGAAAUCAAAUUCUAAUUCGAAUUCAAGUUCAACUUCCAACUCCAAUCACCACCGGAAUUUUCAGAAGCAUAAUAGCCAAUCAAUGUCCGACACCGACUCACAGGUGAGUCAAAUGGACUCCUUCCACUCACCACUCCAUUUCGAAUCGCAGUUGCAUUUCGAUGACCGGGAAACGAAAUCGCUCUCUUCAAAAGCCUUGGUUUCUGUAGACAAGUACUACUCUCCAGUUCGAUCCCCACAUAAACUUUCCUGUGAGAAUUUAAGUUUACCUCCGACACCUACUCCGCCGUCGGAAGCCGGAAACAAGGAUCGGAAAUCUCAGGGAGUUUAUUUUGGUAGGCCGGGUAGGGAGGAUGUAACUAACGGAGUGACCAAAGUGGGACCGGUUCGUGGUGGUGACGUGGAAGGUGGAGAAAUGGAAGGGGAGAGACCUCCGAGGACCGUGCGUUCGAAGAUGGAAUUGACGCUGACCAGAGCGGCGUUAGGGUUUAGGGUUUGUGAGUUUGUGUUGUGCUUGAUUUCGUUCUCGGUUAUGGCAGCUGAUAAAACUGCAGGUUGGAGUGGUGACUCUUUUGAUCGAUACAAAGAGUACAGGUAUUGUGUUGCUGUGAAUGCUAUUGGAUUUGCAUAUUCUGUAUUUCAAGUGUUUGAUCUGAUUUACAAUUUAGCAAGUCGGAAACACUUCCUCUCUCACUACACGCGAUAUCAUUUUGAUUUCUUAAUGGAUCAGGACAUUCAAACUUCCUUAUUUGUCGUGGGGCUGAUGAUCUAUGCUUCACUGUCCUAUGUUUUCCCUGAUAUUGGCUUAUCUGAUUAUGUCAGCAUCUUCUUCAGCUGCAACGAGGGCAUAUGACUGGAUAUCAAAUUGGGGAAAGGAUGAGUUUACAGAGAUGGCAUCUGCAUCUAUUGGGGUGUCCUUCCUGGCUUUUAUAGCCUUUGCAUUUAGCUCUCUCAUUUCUGGUUACAACUUCUGCAACAGAAACGCCUCAUGAUGUAGCAAUGAGCUUGUAUCCAUUUUUUCGUUGAGUAUAUUUGAGAAUCGCCACAUAAAAUCAUAUUUCUAGCUUGAGCAGCUGUACAGAAGUAGUGAAUAGAUUCAACUAUAUAACUUCUCCUUCCUACUACAAGUAAAUAAUAUGUGCAAAUGUAGUCCCUCCGGAGUAUGCAUAAAAUGCAAGGCAAAACAGAAAUGAACCAGAACCUAAUAGCGAUUAGCUAUUAGGUCUUCUUAUAUUAUUAUUCUUACACCUGUGAGAGAAUUACAAGGCGAUUAAUUGAAUCCUUAUAUUAUUAUUCUUACACCUUAA